AUGGAGGAGGAGAGGACUGGGUGUGCGGCGCAUGGAGGAGUGGACGGACUGAGCACAGGAAGAGCAGAGAUGGUGCACCAUGGAGAGGGUGAACGACGGAUGGGGUGCGCAGGCGGAGGAGAGGCGGCAUGGCUGCAUGAGAAUGAGGAUUGGCUGCUGGGAAUCGGUGGUGGUAGGUCAUCGUUGGGUUUUAUGGUGUUCAGAUUAGAUGGGCUAGUGGGCUUCCACCCUUAG